GUUUAUAUAUGUUUAUAUUUAAACCAAUUUUACUUUUUGCGUAAAAGAUUGAUUUUGAAAAAACUGUUAUUUAGAGAAAAGAAUAGUAAAGAAAGUUAUCUCUUUAUCAUUGCUAUGCAUGAUUAUUGAAAUAGAAUUGGAAUUUUUCUGUUUAAUAUCAGUGUCUAUAUAAAUUAUUUGAAUUGAAUAAUUAAUUUGUAAAAUAAUAAGAAAUUCUUUAAAAACUUUGAAAAAGAUUUAAUUUGAAGAAGAUAAUUAAUUUUAAUUGAUAUAUAAAGUGUGAAAUAUGUAUGUAAUAUGUAUUAGAAUGUAUAUGCAAUAAUUAGAAGUAAGAUGAAGCCUGACGUAACAUGAUAUUGAUUGAAUUUCUUUGUACAUACAGAAUAAUUAAGGAAUAUAAUGGCAUACAAUGUGCACAGUGUGUACAUAUUGUAGAAGCAUGGAUGAGAAAGGUUUAAUGACUUUAAUAGAGAAAGUAUUUUAUACAAGACGAAACUUAUAAAUAUCAUAUAUAUUAAUUUUUUCUUUCAAAAGAAAAAUAAUUCAAAUAUUAUUAUUAAAAUUUUUUUUGUUAGAUGAAAAAAAAAGAAUCGUUUUAUUAAAAAAAUAGAAACAAUUCCUAUAACAGUGCAAUUAUUAAUAAUUAUCGGAUACAAUAAAUUUCCAUCUAUAUAUAUAUAUGUACAAAAUUAUUAAUAAUGAUUAUUUGAAUUCUAUUUAAUAUAAAUUGAAUUUCUAUCAUCGAAACGUUAAAUAUUCUUUGAUUUAAAAAAAUAUUAUUAUUACUUGUUUCCAAAAUUUCUAAUAUUUAAUCGUUAUGCAUCUUAGAAAAAGUAUUUCCUCAAAUCCUUUGAUAUAAACAUGAAUUAUAUUAUGACUUAACAUGAUAAUUGCAUCGGUGAACUACGAACGUUUAUGCAAAAUAAAAUUUUUACGAAUACGAUUAAAAAAAAUAAAGCUUAAAUAUAUAGAUAUGUCUUGCUCUCGUGAUUUAUACGUUCAAAUUUUGCAUAAGCAUUCGCAUCACAGCGUUUCAAUUAAAGUACGCAGCAAUAGAUAGCAGUGGACUGCGAUAAAUACGUUAAUAGUACUAUAAAAGAAUAGAGAAGAAUGGAGAUUCUCUCUGCAAUGGACAGACACGGAAAUGCCAUUGAGCUGCACGAAAGCAAGAAUAUUAAUGCGUUUAUAAAUAAACCAGAGGAAACAAGCCGGUGAUGCGUGUGUGUACUUACUUCUCGUCGUCGCUAUCGCUCGGCCGACGAUCCACCAGAGGCACGCGCCUUAGUUCCGCUUCGCCUAGCCACCCGUGGGCCAGAUACUGCUCGUUUUCGUGUAUUUCGAGAACACACGGCCGCGCACGAGCCUCGUUCGAAUAUUUCUCGUUUUGGAACGCAAGACGGUGAAUCAAAUAAAUGAAGAUCUCAAUUGAUAGGGAGGAUGAGCGAAGGAUGAUGGUUUAAGAGGGUAAAAGGAAGAAAAUAGUGAGGAAGUGGGGGAGAGAGUGUAGAAUGGAAUAGUAUUUGAGAAAAAGAAGGAAAUAGAGAAGUGAGAAUGGGAUAGUAGUUUGUGAAAUUGAAUGGUAAAAUUUGAAGAUGUGGAGAAUGAGAUGUGAAAGUGAUAUGAAAGAGAGAGAGAAAAAGAAAGGAGGAAUAAAAAGGAUAAAUGAUUUGGAGAAAGGAAUGAGGAAUGGGAAUGAAAAUGGUGAUUUGUAAAAGGGGAAGAAAAGAAAAUAGAGAGUGGAAAGGAGAGAUAUAUUUAACGGAAAAUGUAAUAUAUAUUUCUCGUUGUAAGAAUGAAUAUAAAAGUAGAAAGCUAUGAGAAUAAAAUAGGAAAGUUAUAGAAAAAUUAAUUCUUAAAAGAAACUAAAAGUAGAAUAAUAAUUGAAAAAAUUUUGAAAAAUGAAUAAAAUUUAAAAUUUAAAAUUCAAUUGAUAUAUAAUUUCAUGAGAAUAUUGAUUUCUAUUGCAAAAAUUGAAAAAGAAUUGAAAAAGUUUAAAAGCAUAAGAGAAAGUUUGUUAAAAGAAAUUUAUAUUUGAAGAGGACUUGUGUUUGGAAAAUAAAAAAUUGGAAAGUGUUUUUAUAUGAGAAUAAAAGUAUCUUCAAAGAAGAUACUAAAGAAAUGUGUUAGCUAAAGGAAAAAGUGUUGAAACAGAAGUUGGAAGAAUUUUAAAUAAGAUAGAGAAAUAGAGAAUAUCUUGAGCAGAAAUGAUAAAAGUUUGAUCAAAAAAUGCUGAAUUAAAUUAACAACAUGUCAUGGAAAAUCAAAUGUAAAAAGAUCAAUUUUUAAUAAUUUUAACAAAAUUUAAAUAAAAUUUCAAGUUUGAACGAAUUAAAAUCAAGAAACAAUUUCAAUAAAAUGAUCUGUUUAAAAAGUGUUUAGUGAGUGAUGUGUAUAAAAUACGUCAAAAAAAUAAAAAUUGGACAAAAGAAUGAACUCUUCACGGACAUCGUAACUUUUAUCACGAUAUACAUUUAAUAUAUCUCCUGUUAAAAAAAAUAAAUCUACAGGGAGUAAAUACGUGUCGACCAUGUUAAAAAAUUCGACGAAGCAAACGAACUCUGACGCACCAGUGUCGCCUAGUUCCGGUCCAGCCAAUCCUUCCGGCGUGGAGACCACACCGAAGCCCAGGAAGAAAUUAUCGUUCAAGGAGCCUGAAAUAUUCAAUUAUCUAAAGUUGAAGAAACCUUUUCGAAAAAUAAAACUGCCUCCCCUUCAACUAACACACUCGAUAUCGGCCGUCGAUUUUAGCUUCGAUGAGAACCCUUUCGAAGAGGAGAACGAUGACCUCGAGGAGCUCGAGAGUCAAGCGAUGAGGGUGGUCAGAACAGUAGGACAAGCUUUCGAGGUGUGCCAUAAAUUAAGUUUAAACAACGCCACGGAGGAGCGGGAUCGGGGAGAGAAGGAAAGAGAGAGGGAGCAUGGUGAGAAUCACCGUGACGUUUACGAAGAUCAAGAUGAAAUACCCAAUGUACAAUCACAACCAUCGCCGUCUUCUGUCCAUAAAGAUAUAUCACUCUUAGGGGAUACAGAAGAUUCGGCACCAGAACAGACAACUGUUCCAUGUCUUCUGCGGUCGCAUGAAGUUCCAGCAACUACAGCGUCUACCUCGCCCAUUAGACAAUCGCCAUCGGGCACGGUGACCUCCGAUUGCGGAGGAUUAUUGGUUGGCGGCGAAUUAACUGCUCUAAAACACGAGAUUCAACUGUUACGGGAACGAUUAGAGCAACAAAGCCAACAAACCAGAGCCGCUGUUGCCCAUGCGCGACUUCUUCAGGAUCAGCUUGCUGCUGAAACUGCAGCUCGCGUCGAAGCUCAAGCUAGAACGCAUCAAUUAUUGAUGCAAAAUAAAGAGCUUCUAGAGCAUAUAAGUGCGUUGGUCGGCCAUCUUCGAGAACAAGAACGAAUCUCGAGCGGCCACGUAACCUCACAAUCUCAGUUACCAGGCUCGGCGGCAAUACAACAGACUACUACUGUUCCUGAUCUGUCGAAUCUCGGCCAGUACCAACGAACAGGAGGACAAAAUUCACCAUGGGAAUUGGAUCCACCAUCCCCAUAUUGCUCUUAUCCGACAGACUCUUUGUCUUACCCUGGAAACCUGAGCACAAUUGGAAUACAAGGGAACAGCAAUACAGAUCAGUUACAGUUUCAAGCACAACUUCUAGAAAGAUUACACAACAUAAGUCCAUAUCAACCUCAAAGAUCACCUUAUAAUACACCAUCUCCUUACACGAUGGGUCCUAGUCUUCUUGUCCCUCCUAAUAAUAUACCAACUAAUUCAGCUCAAUUGUCUCCAAACUCCAUAUCAUUAAGAGUUUCUCAAUCAAACAGUUUUUCCUCAUCGCCCAUAAUGACGCACAAGUUAGAUAAUUAUGUAGGAAACACAGAAAAUACGGAAUUUAAAUCAACAUUUAUAAAACCUAUACCUUGUACAAAUGAAAGGAAUGUCAAUCAUGAGACAGUGGGUAAACAGGAUCGAAAUAACUUACAUGAGGAAGUACCACCAAUUGUGCUAGAUCCUCCACCUCAGGGUAAACGUUCAGAAACAACACCAAAACAUGUGGCAACUAAAGAAAACUCGAACGGUCAAAUAUCAAGUAAGAAUGUACAAAAACAAAAAAACUUAGCAACCAUUCUGAGAACAACUGGUCCACCACCGUCUCGUACAACUAGUGCUCGUUUACCUUCAAGAAAUGAUCUUAUGUCCGAAGUACAGAGAACUACCUGGGCAAGACAUACGACUAAAUGAUGAAGAAUUUUUUCAAAAUAGUUUUUGUUACUGUUCACUAAAUAUAUCAUUUUUUUUUUAGUAGAAUGUUCUAAUAGAAAAAAUAUAUAUUUUCUUUUUAAUUUUUUUGAAGUAUAAAUUAAUUUGGAUGUGUAAAAUUUGAAAUUGAUUGAUUGGAAAUUGUAUAAUAAAUUACUUAUACAUUUUGUACCAUUUAUAUUAUGCUCUUCUUAAAGUUGUAAUUAUUAUAAUUAUUUCUAAUUUUAAAUAUUAAUUUUAAAUACAAAAAAGUAUUUAAAAUUUCUCAUAUAAAAGUUCUACUAUUCUUGUAAAUGGAAUAGAAAAUGAAAAUUUACUUUUUGAUGUAAUAAAGAAAUCCAAAAGAUUAUUCAUAAUUUCGAAUUGAUAAAGAAAAUAUAUUAAUAAAUUGAAUGUUAAAAUUAAAUAAAAAAUUUAAAAAGAAAAAUAUAAAUUUAGUUUUAUUUUUUACAUUAAAGGACUGGCCAAAGAACUUAUAAAGAAAAAAAAAUUUACUUAACGAACAAAUAAAUUUGUGAACGUGUAACAAAUGAAUGUACAUAAAAUAUUAUACAUAAGUUUUAAUUCCAAAUCAUUUUAUACUGUACUAUAAAAAGUAAAAUGAUGUAGAUUUGGACUGUGUUUAAAAUUUGUUAAAUUAAAUUAAAUUUAACAAAUUUUUCAAAAAAUAAAUUUUUUUUGUAUCAUAUAAUUUCAAUAUUAUAUAAUUAAAUUUACACAAAAAAAAUUAUGAAUAUGAAAAGAAAAAGACAAUAUACAUAUUAAAUUCAAAGAAAUAUAAAUAUAAAUUUCUUUUAUGUGUAAGUAGAGAGCUUUAAUAUGUCGAAAUUAUUUAAUUAAAUUAAAUGGUGUAACGGCGAAAACAUUAAUGUCAUUAAUUGAGUAAUGAAUGAUUAACGAAUAAAAUAUUCUGUGAAAAAUAAAA